AUGGUUUUGUUGAAGAGCACGAGAAGUCCUAUAGGGGCAUUUGGUCCCCGGUUGUCGGUCCAAUUCAGAAAGCAAUACUUCUAUACGGCCAAUGGCUUCCGCCCACGACCCAUCGCGCCCUCUGUGUCCGCUGGUAGGAGAACAGUGACUUCCGAAGCCGGCGACAACGAGACCGGACAUAUCGAUACCAAACAAAAUGAAGGAAUAUUGUUUUUCGAUAAUGUGUUUCCUCUGAAGCUUCAAUGGCUGAACCGGAUCCCCUUCUUUAACGCCGAAAGGGCUCUUACCAAUUCUCUCAGCAAGGUGAACCACCCAGAUUUGGCUCUGGCCGACCCAUCGAGCAUCAUCAAGCGAGCUCUUCCCGACAAGCUCCCACUUACCGUCACCCAAGUCUUGCCUCGACUUCGAGAAGGAGGAGCAUUUGUGAAGUUCUCGCAUGACGAGGGUAUCAGUACAGAAGAGCUGGAACGCACACUGAAAUCAUAUCUGGAAGAGAAGCCUAUUAAGCCAUGGUUCAACCCGUUUCGGCGAGUACGCGCUUUCUUGGUUCAGGGCAAACCCUGGAUUGAGGAUUUGUAUCGAGUCCCUAGUCCCAGGGUGAAGGUGGAAUUUUUGCCUACGUCGCCUGAGAACGCCGCUGCCGAGUUGACGCAAGAGACACUCUACUCCUUAUUUCGCCGUUAUGGAAAAAUCUCUGAAAUCGCCCCUCAACCGUCGGAUUCCAAGGUCUCGCCUCGCUACGCUUACAUUGACUUUGCAAGGCUGAGGUUUGCGACCGUGGCAAAGAAUUGUAUGCAUGGGUAUGUCGUGCCCGCCGAAGAAGGAGGCGGCAAGACUGGAACGUUGCUGAAACUGAGUUAUGAGUCCAAGACGAAGGCUCAUUGGUUGAGAGACUGGAUCACAGGUCAUCCGAGGAUUGUUAUUCCUAUAGUGGUGGCCCUGUUGACAGGUCUCUCGGUGGCGGUCUUUGACCCUAUCCGAACAUUCUUCAUCAAAAUGCAUAUCACUCACGGCCUGAAAUUGGAGGACUACCCCAUUGUGCGGUACAUCAAAAGCCAGCUUUCUCGUGGAUACGAUAUCAUCAGACUCCGGAAGCAGAAAGGCGAAGACGAGAACCUGAAAAUCAUUUGGGAGGAUCGCCAAGGGGCCAUCAACCAAAUCCAGACAUGGCUCAUGGAAACUGCGGACACGUUUAUUGUGAUUCAAGGGCCGCGGGGCGCAGGCAAGAAAGAGCUCGUGCUAGACCAGGCGCUAAAGGACCGUCCGAAUAAGCUGGUGAUCGACUGUAAGAAGAUCCAAGAAGCCCGUGGUGAUAGCGCUACUAUUGCUGCUGCCGCCGCGGAAGUGGGAUACAAACCUGUGUUUUCAUGGAUGAACAGCAUGAGCAGCAUGAUCGACCUGGCGGCCAUGGGGACGAUUGGGACGAAGACCGGCUUUUCGGAGACGCUGGAAACUCAACUGAAUAAAAUAUGGGGCAAUACUACGACGGCGCUGAAGCAGAUUGCUUUGUCUCAUCGGAAAAAGGACGAGAAGGAUGCUCAGAUGUCGGAGGAUGAAUGGCUCGAGGCUCACCCCGAAUAUCGACCGGUGGUGGUGAUUGACAACUUCCUGCACAAGAACAACGAAGGCGCGUCUAGCGUAGUCUACGACAAGAUGGGAGAGUGGGCCGCAGCCUUGACGACGCAGAACAUUGCGCAUGUCAUUUUCCUGACGACCGACGUUUCAUUCUCAAAGUCCCUCAGCAAGGCUUUGCCCGAUCGAGUCUUCCGACAGAUUACCCUAAGCGACUGUACGCCCGAAGUGGCCAAGAAAUUGGUGAUCCAACAUCUGAGUACCGAGACUGACGAGGAGAGCGAUGCUCCGGAAGAUGAAAAGUUGGCAGCUCGCAAGAGGAGAAGUGAUUUGGACGAGCUCGACAGUGUGAUCGACGUUCUUGGUGGGCGGUUGCAGGAUCUCGAAUUCCUUUCCCGUCGGAUCAAGACUGGCGAGUCACCAGGCCGAGCUGUUCGACAAAUUAUUGAACAAUCGGCCUCGGAGAUCUUGAAAAUGUACCUUCUUGACGUAGACACGGCCAGUCGCAAAUGGACGCCGCAACAAGCGUGGCUUUUGAUCAAACAGUUGGCGGCGAACGAGACGCUGCGGUACAACGAGCUCCUCCUCAACGAUCUGUUCAAGGAUGGAGAGCCAGUACUACAGGCAUUGGAGCAGGCCGAAUUGAUUGCCAUCACUUCGAAAAAUGGACGACCUUACAGCAUCAAACCUGGCCGACCCGUCUAUCAAGCCGCUUUUGAAUACCUCACCGACGAUGAAGUCCUCAAAGCGAGACUGGACAUGGCUAUCCUGUCGCAGCUGAUCGGAAUGGAGAAUAAGAAUGUGGAGAAGUUUGAAACCGAGCUGAGGACGUUGGCUGAGUUGCCCGGCGCUCCAAGUGAACUGAAGCCACGCAUCAAAUGGUUGUUGGACAAAGCCAUGUCCAGUCAUAUGAAGAUUGAGAAAUAUGAAGCUCAGAGUGGCGAACUCAAGAAGGUGCUUACGGACAAGUUUUAG